AUGGCCUUAUACGCGCUUGCUAAAGAAGCAUGUAAAGAAUACAUGGAGAGCCCCGACUACAAAGAAGGUCACUAUAAAGAUCCAAAAUAUAAAACAUGUUGCGAGACAUUUGACUUCUGCAGCUUCUACGUUCAAACCUGGUUCUGGGCUCUUGUUGGUGGGCUCAUCGCCCUCGCCAUCAUUGCUUCAAUCGUCGGAAGUUGCAUCUGUUGCCGUCGUAGAGGAGGUGGAAAAGAUGCAAAUUUCAAUUACGAUGAUGACAGUGAGCCGAGUGAUGACAGCACUUCCAGCACCAAACCCAACCCUGCAUGA